AUGGAGCAUCCCUCUUCCAUGACCUCCUCAAUGGUAGAUGGAGAUGAGGUGGAUGUCCAGCGCCCCAUCCUGCCACCGAGGAUGGUUCCUCAGCCCCAGGCGUGUGCCCCGCUAUGUGGGAUUCACCACACAGUCCAAACAGCAGCCGAGCACCCCGUGUGGCUGGACAGAACCCAGGCCAUGGCCACCACACCUUUAUACAACGGCCACCUUUAUGUCACGCCAUCUCCUCGCUGCAACAAAAGGGGAGACAAAUCCAAAGGCAAAGAGAAGAAGGGUGAGAAAAGGUCAGGGGGGAGUAGGCCAGGUCUAAAAGACCGAAACCACCAGUGCAAAGGCAAACUCUCAGGAUGCCACAGACUCCAGGAAAAAGUCACAUCUUUCACUGAUGUACCGAUUGCUCACUGUGGGUCACCCUUUGAUGGCCCCUGCAGGUCGCCCCGAGAAAUCAGGGAUGUUGACGCUCGAGGUCAACGCAAGUCUGGUAACGUUUCUGUGGAGAUGCAAGACCGCCAGAGUCUUCCAGAGAUAAUAAUAACCAGCAAGGACGACAACCCCCAGCAACACAACAAGGAGACCGAACAUCGUCAGGAUCCGUGCGAGGCAAAAGGCCUGCUGCCAGGAGCUGAGUGCCCCAGCAUGAGCCCCACUUGCAGCCCUAAGACCAGCCCAAAGCACAAAAACGAUGGUGACGACGACGGGUACCGGAGGUCCCACAACAUCGGCUGGCGGCUGGUUCGCAGGAGGGCUCUCUUUCUGAGGAGACAACGCCUGAACGACUGCGCCCUGGCGGUGGGGAUAUUCGGUGUUGUGGUGAUGGUGAUGGAGACGGAGCUCUCCUGGAGCGUCUACAGCAAGAGCUCCAUCUACUCCCUGGCACUCAAGUCAGUCAUCAGUUUUUCUACACUCAUCCUGAUUGGCCUCAUCAUAGCAUAUCACUGGUGUGAGGUGCAGCUCUACGUUCAUGAUAUUGGUGCAGAGGAUUGGCGGAUUGCCAUGACAACGGACCGUUUGGCUCUGAUAGUCCUGGAGCUGGCAGCGGUGGCCAUUCAUCCUUAUCCAGUGGGUCUGCAGGCCUACUUCCAGCAGGUCAAGACCCGCAUGUCACUGUCAGAGACAGAGCUGGAGAUCGUCCUGGCUCUGCCCAUGUUCCUAAGGCUCUACCUGCUCGGUCGGGCCAUGAUGCUGCACAGCCGCCUCUUCACAGACACGGCCUCACGCAGUAUCGGAGCGCUGAACAAGAUACACUUCAACACCCGGUUUGUGGGGAAAACACUGAUGACCACCUACCCCGGGACCGUGCUGAUGAUUUUCAGUGUUUCUCUGUGGAUUGUGGCAGCAUGGGGCUUACAUGUUUGCGAGAGACACCACAACUACAGGGACCUGAGUAGCAACUACAUGGAGGCCCUGUGGAUGGUCUCCGUCACCUUUUUGUCUAUCGGAUAUGGAGAUGUGGUCCCCCACACUUACUGUGGACGCAGCAUUUGCCUCCUCACUGGGAUAAUGGGAGCCGGCUGCACAGUGUUGGUGGUGGCUGUGGUUGCCAGGAAGCUGGAGCUGACCAGGGCAGAGAAACAUGUUCACAAUUUCAUGAUGGACUCGCACAUCUCCAAGAGGAUAAAAAUUGCUGCAGCGAAUGUGCUGAGAGAGACUUGGCUUAUCUACAAGCACACUAAGCUGUUAAGAGAAAGAGACCACAGCAGAGUCCGCAUGCACCAGCGGAAGCUGCUCCUGGCCAUCCACCAGCUCAAAAAGCUGCGGCAAGUGAAGAUGGAGAAGAGAAUUCUUGCUGACCAGGGGAACACACUUGUGGACCUUAACAAGAUGCAGAACCUGAUGUAUGACGUGCUGUCGGAGGUGCAGGGCUGCAGGGGGGAUCUGGACACACACAUCCACACUCUGGAGAAGAGUGUGGAGGAGCUGAGGGAAGGCUUCAGGAGCCUGAUGCCGCUCCUCUCCAGCACACUGUCCACACAGAAUUCCUCCAUCCGCCACCUGCUCAGGGAGAGGGAGGUGAAGACGGAGAUUGCAAGCGUGAGCAGAGAAGACAGGUAGAGGGAUGGCAGACGAAGGCUUCUAAGGACGCUUGAGAAGAAGUUAUCUGCCUUUAAUGCAGCUUAAAAAGACUUGAA